ACACACAUCUGGAAACAAUUGAGGACAGAGAGAGAGAAAGACAUAGUUCUGUUACCAAAAGGGAACAAAAGCAAGGGAAAAUUUGGAAGGGAAAAUGAAGACAGUCUAAAGUUCAAAAUCUGGGAAGAAGAGGGGUUAUCUGGGGAAAGCAGGGCCGAGAAGAAUACUACAGGGGGACAGAAGAAAGGGAAGCUGUUUGAAAGGCCUGGGUGGUUCAGGGACCGAUCCAAAGGGGAUCUGAAAAGGACAACUACGCAAAGAUCAAGCCCCACAGGGUGAAGGAGCCGCGAGAUCUGAAGAGACAAGACUUGAAAGAACAGAAACUCAUCCUUCAGGAUGUCAGCGUCUCGGAGGUGUUUGUGCUGUGUCAAAUACUUGAUGUUUGUCUUUAACCUCAUCUUCUGGCUCGGAGGAUGCGGCUUGUUUGGCGUCGGAGUCUGGCUGUCCUUCACGCAGGCGGAGUUCUCCUCUCUCCCCCUGUCCUUUCCAUCCCUCUCGGCGGCCAAUCUGCUGCUAGUCGCUGGUGGAAUCACCAUGGUGACAGGCUUUCUGGGUUGUCUUGGAGCCCUUAAGGAGCAGCGCUGCCUGUUGUUCAUGUUCUUUGUGAUCCUUUUUCUCCUGGUCCUGACAGAGUUGACCCUGGUGCUGGUUAUACACAUCUACCGAGACAAGCUGGAUUCCAAAGCACAAGGUGAAUUGAAGGAAGGGAUGAAGAUUUAUACAUCGAAACCUGGACUGAAGAAGUCCUGGGACAACGUCCAGAUAAUGUUCAAAUGCUGUGGAGCAACCAACAAAACAGACUGGUAUGAUGUGCUGAAUGGAACGUUGCCCUCGUCCUGCUGCUCUAUUGGGGUGGACCACUGUGAGGACGGAUGGAGUGAGCCAUGCUAUCAUAAGGCCAGGCAGUGGCUGCUUGCUAACAUCCCCUCGGUGCUGGUGUUUGGAGUCUGUAUUGGAGUUGUGCAGAUCUUGGCCCUGGUGUUCUCCAUGCUGAUGUACUGUCAAAUUCUGUCUGCUGAGAAGCACUUGGACUGACCUCAGAGCAGCUGAGCACCGGCCCGUGAUGGGAAGGCUUAUCACAAACUCCUCGGGGGGGAAACCCCAACACUAUCUGACUAAAACCAUCAGUGGGCACAGUGGACACCGGCAGUACGGACAAAGCCGGCAGUGACAGACUGAGGGGGUGCAACUGAAAUGAUGAGCACCGUUGGUUGUCUUUGUACCAGCCAUAUGAAUAUAAGAGCUUUUAUUUUUAUCUCUAAAACCCAUCAGCCUUAACGCGCUGCUCCUGCAGAGUUACCUGAUCUGUUUUUUUGUUUUUACAGAGAUGUAACAGAAAUAGUAGAGUGUAAAAUGUAUUAUAAAUUGUUUGUAAUAUUUCUGUCAUGAAAGUACAAGCAGCACAUUCUGUUAUUCAGUAAGAAAAAAAAAAAAACACAACUGUACUCACUAUUCAAAAUUCAGUUAUUUAGAUUUCAUUAACCAUCCAGGAU